UCCCCAAAGAGCAGAGCGUGUGUCCUCCGGUUUGUAACUCGCCGGACCGAUACUGGAUCAACGGUACCCCGAGACAAGUAUGAGACGAUGAAAUGCUCCGAUGAUUUCAGGCUUUCAACCUUUUUAAAUUUUUUGACAACCAGUCUUCAUCUCUUCCUUCAGUUUGUCAUGGGCGACAGAAGACAAAGAUGGCAGCGGCAGGUUUAAACAACAGAAUCAAAUUCUGUAUUUUCUGUCAUAUAGCCAGCGGUGAAGACAAAGAAGCCGAGAUUGUGAAAAAGAAUGAGGAGCUGGUGUGUUUCAAAGACAUUAACCCUGCGGCUCCUCACCAUUACCUGGUUGUACCCACACAGCACAUAGUCAGCUGCUCCUCACUGCAAAAGGAACACAUCAGCCUUGUGAAAAGGAUGGCGGAAAUGGGUAAAGCUGUACUACAUGAUCAGGGGAUCACUGAUAUGACAGACAUAAGGAUGGGGUUCCACCAACCUCCCUUUAUUUCAGUAAAUCACCUGCACCUACAUGUGCUUGCCCCUGUCAGCCAAAUCUCAAAGUACAUGGCGUAUAAAUUUACACCAGAGACCUGCCCGUUUGUUACUGAAGAAUCUCUACGAAAACGUCUAAAAGCAAAUAAUCCACUACUGAAGGGUUGUUUUAGAGACUGUAGUUGUGUUUUGUACUUGGAUUGACUGGUAGAACAUCUGGGAGGAAUCUCAUUCACUGAAAAUGUGUUUUUACAAUGGACACAAGUUGUGGAAAAUGAAAUACCAGUAGUAUGAACUGAUAAGACACAGGGAACUUACAUGAUCAAGGAGUGGGAUGUUUACAGCAAAACAUUUGUUAAAAAAGAAACAUGUUACUGUAAAAAAAACUAAAAACUAUACAUAUUAAGGUAAAACUCUUGUACAAAUGUACUGUAUAUACAGUAUAUGCAUUUUAAAAUAAUGUCUAUGUUCAAUAAUUGCUGCUAUGAUAUUUUAAAUUAUAUAUUUGGGAAUAUGUUUAAUAAAACCCUAUUUAACAUCA